AGUCAAGAUGGCGGCGUGGGGAACCUGGAGCAGCCCCGGAGCCUGAGCCACUGACAGGAGCGGAGAGGGCGGCGGCGGCGGCGGCAGGAGGAGGAUGGCCGGGGGUGCUGGCGCCGGCGCGGACGGCGGUGCUGGUGGCGGCGGCAGGGGCGACGGCCGCGGCCCCCGCGGCGGCAGCAGCAGCAGCGGCGGGAGGAGCCUCCGGGAAAUGGAUGAAAAGAGGCUGCUGGAUCCAGGCUUGCAAGUUGGUAAAGGCCUCUGGGGUCAUACUCUGAAGAACCAGCAGAUGGAAUGCCUGAGUGACUGAAGAAAAUGGGUGCUAAUGCAUCUAACUAUCCUCAUUCAUGUUCCCCGAGGGUAGGGGGAAAUUCUCAAGCCCAACAGACUUUCAUAGGGACAUCAUCCUAUUCUCAACAAGGCUAUGGUUGUGAAUCAAAAUUAUAUAGCCUUGACCAUGGCCAUGAGAAACCACAAGACAAAAAAAAGAGAACCUCUGGCCUUGCCACCCUCAAAAAGAAGUUUAUUAAGCGUCGAAAAUCUAAUAGGUCUGCUGAUCAUGCCAAGCAGAUGCGAGAACUCCUCUCUGGGUGGGAUGUUAGAGAUGUCAAUGCAUUAGUGGAAGAAUAUGAGGGAACUUCAGCCUUAAAGGAGCUUUCUCUACAAGCCAGUUUGGCUAGACCAGAAGCCCGGACAUUGCAGAAAGAUAUGGCCGAUCUUUAUGAGUACAAGUAUUGUACUGAUGUGGACUUAAUAUUUCAAGAAACUUGUUUUCCUGUUCAUCGAGCCAUUUUGGCGGCAAGGUGUCCUUUUUUUAAAACACUGCUUUCUUCCUCACCCGAGUAUGGGGCAGAGAUUGUAAUGGACAUCAAUACAGCUGGUAUAGAUAUGCCCAUGUUUUCUGCUUUGUUACACUACCUUUAUACAGGAGAGUUUGGAAUGGAGGACUCAAGGUUUCAAAAUGUUGACAUCCUCGUUCAGCUCAGUGAAGAAUUUGGAACACCAAAUUCCCUUGAUGUAGAUAUGCGUGGACUUUUUGAUUACAUGUGUUAUUAUGAUGUCGUCCUUAGUUUUUCUUCAGACUCGGAACUGGUUGAAGCUUUUGGUGGAAAUCAGAACUGUUUAGAUGAAGAGCUGAAAGCUCACAAGGCUAUUAUUUCAGCACGGUCCCCAUUUUUUCGAAAUUUAUUACAAAGGAGGAUACGGACUGGUGAAGAAAUCACAGACCGAACUUUGAGGACUCCCACAAGAAUUAUAUUAGAUGAGUCCAUUAUACCAAAAAAAUAUGCGAAAGUUAUAUUACACUGUAUGUAUACUGAUGUGGUGGACCUCUCUGUUUUGCACUGUAGCCCCUCUGUGGGGAGUCUCAGUGAAGUGCAGGCUCUUGUCGCGGGGAAGCCAAACAUGACCAGGGCAGAAGAAGCCAUGGAACUGUACCACAUAGCACUGUUCUUGGAAUUUAACAUGCUUGCACAAGGCUGUGAGGAUAUCAUUGCUGAGAGCAUCUCAUUAGAUACCUUAAUUGCCAUCCUCAAGUGGAGCUCUCAUCCAUAUGGCUCUAAAUGGGUGCACCGACAAGCUUUACAUUUCCUCUGUGAGGAAUUUUCCCAGGUCAUGACUUCGGAUGUUUUUUAUGAACUCAGCAAAGACCAUCUGCUUACUGCUAUCCAGUCUGACUACCUACAGGCAAGUGAACAAGAUAUCCUUAAAUACCUGAUUAAAUGGGGAGAGCAUCAGUUGAUGAAAAGAAUAGCAGACAGAGAGCCAAACUUAUUGAGUGGCACUGCUCACAGUGUGAACAAAAGAGGUGUGAAAAGACGAGACCUGGACAUCGAAGAGCUUAGAGAGAUCCUCUCCUCUCUCUUACCGUUUGUGCGAAUUGAACACAUCUUACCUAUAAAUAGUGAAGUCCUCAAUGAUGCAAUGAAAAGAGGCUUGAUUAGUACUCCUCCAUCAGACAUGCUUCCUACAACAGAAGGUGGAAAGUCAAAUGCCUGGUUACGGCAAAAAAAUGCUGGAAUCUAUGUUCGUCCUCGACUGUUCUCUCCCUACGUGGAGGAAGCAAAGUCAGUGCUAGACGAGAUGAUGGUGGAACAAACAGAUCUUGUGCGUUUGCGAAUGGUUAGAAUGUCCAAUGUGCCAGACACGCUUUACAUGGUCAAUAAUGCUGUGCCACAGUGCUGUCACGUGAUCAGCCACCAGCAGAUCAGCAGUAACCAGUCAAGCCCUCCUUCAGUCGUAGCCAAUGAAAUUCCAGUUCCUCGUCUCCUCAUCAUGAAGGACAUGGUCAGACGUCUGCAGGAGCUGCGACACACCGAGCAGGUGCAGAGAGCCUACGCGCUCAACUGCGGGGAAGGUGCCACGGUCAGCUAUGAAAUUCAGAUUCGCGUGCUGAGAGAGUUCGGUCUGGCAGAUGCUGCUGCAGAGCUCUUGCAGAAUCCUCACAAGUUCUUUCCUGAUGAACGUUUUGGGGAUGAAAGUCCGCUCUUGACAAUGAGACAGUCUGGGAGAUGUCGAGUUAACAGUACCCCCACUGCAGAAACCAUGUUUACAGAUCUGGACUCUUUUGUGGCCUUCCAUCCACCCUUGCCCCCUCCACCGCCUCCGUACCACCCCCCGGCUACCCCAAUCCAUAACCAACUCAAAGCAGGCUGGAAACAGAGACCUCCCAGUCAGCAUCCUUCACGUUCGUUUUCUUAUCCCUGUAAUCAUUCCCUGUUUCACUCUAGAACAGCCCCUAAAGCUGGCCCCCCUCCAGUCUAUCUGCCAGGUGUUAAAGCAGCAGCACCUGAUUGUACCAACCCUGCAGCACUGGGGAGGCAGACGGUAGCCGCCGCCGCCGCCUCAGCAGCAGUAGCAUCUGAGAAACAAGUGUGUACACAACCUGUGCUAAAUGAGCUGAUGCCAGAUAUCGCCAUGGGUGUGUCCACACUAUCACUCAAGGACAGGAGGCUUCCAGAACUUGCUGUGGACACAGAAUUAAGCCAGUCAGUUUCUGAAGUAGGACCAGGGCCUCCCCAGCAUCUAUCGUGUAUUCCACAGAGGCAUACACACACAUCUCGAAAGAAACACACACUAGAGCAAAAAACAGAUGCUCGAGAAAAUCAGCAGGAAUAUCCGGAUUUCUAUGACUUCUCGAACGCUGCUUGCAGACCUUCUACUCCUGCUCCUGGCAGACACACCCCUUCCCCUUCGCAAGGUGGAUAUUUUGGUCCCGAUUUGUAUAGCCACAGUAAGGCUUCACCAAGUGGCUUAAAGUCAGCCUACCUGCCUAGCCAGACCUCUCCUAAAAAGCAGGAAGAAGCCAGGAGAGAGUAUCCACUUUCCCCUGAUGGGCGUCUGCACAGACAAAAGAACGAGCCGAUACACCUCGAUGUGGUUGAGCAACCUCCCCAGCGGUCAGACUUUCCCUUGGCAGCCCCAGAAAACACCGGCGGUGGUCCGGCCCCUGUGAGGGGACGCACAGCAGCAGAGACCGACCUGACCUCUGGGCUGACCCCUAGCAGACCUUCCCAUUCUGCGUGUGGCUCUGACGCUCCGCAGGAGAGGCCCAGUGGAAGACUGGCAGACGGCGAGCCCCUGGGCCGCGGAGCUCAGCGGGGUACUGAUUUGGAAAGGGAAGACUCAGUGAGCAGAGGAAGGAGGUCGCCCAGCAAGCCAGACUUCCUCUACAAAAAGUCCGCCCUCUGAGCGCAGCCUCCACGUCGUCUGUGCCUGAGCUGUGAAACACCCCCUUGACGAUGCAACCCGACAACUUAGAGGCCAGCUCGUUGAUGCCAGCUGAGACUCAGUUUCACAUUAUUUUAUCCUAGCUUUUGUAUAUACAUGUUUAUUAGACAUGGCAUGCUGAGAGGGUUAUUUUGAAUGCUGCAUCUGUCUAUUUUGUGUUUGAAAAAUUGUGUGGGGAAGCAUUUUUAAGAGCAAGCAAGCUGGCACUUUUUUUUCCUCUUUAAAAUGAUGGAAUUUUUUUUGCACUUGUACAUUUAUUUUAUCUGUAUUGAUUUUAUAUCAGUAUGUUAAACUUGAUUGCCACAUUUAAAGGACUGUAUUUUCAUACUUUUUUGCAUUUUACCUUUCAUCUACCAAUUUCCACGUGCAUUGGAAUGCACACUAAGAUGUAUUUUCUUAUGAAAUAGCUCUGUGUUUAUUUUUUAAUUAUAGAAAUUCCAAAGAACAGAACAUCAAAACGCUCCUCUCUUUUCAGUAAUUGUUUUAGUUCAGAGAUCUUCCUGCUCAAUCUCCAUACAUCUAAUGUCAUUCUUUUUUAAUAAGUCUUGGGAGCUAGUCUUCAUUCCUCCAGCAGGAGUCUGGCCAGGAUCCUGAAGUUUUCUGGUUCGGUAAAGAACAAGAAGGAGAAAAGCCUUUUGUGCCCAGGCAAAAGCUAGUGCUUUAUUCACAGAGUGGACACUGUCAGGAUCGUGUGAAUUCUGGUAGUGUGGAUUGGGGUGCCACCCAACGAGGUUCUAAAGAGAUGGGAUUUCUUGGGGUCAGGAAGCAGUGGAAAUAGCGAAGUGACUUAAAGGUGGCACCACGCAGUUUCUGGUUCUGCACUUCGACUCUCCAGCUGCGAAGGCGCAAUGACUGCUUGCUGCCUUCAGUUGUCUUGCUCUCUGUGGGAAAAAACAAAAAACAAAAGGGCUUCAGUCUUAUGGAUGUCAUUUGGUGUUUGUAAGCAUUAGUUUUCUUUUAAAUGUUUUUCAAAGUGUGUCUGAACUUUGGUGUCCUAUAAAAAGUUGUUGUAUAAUGCAUAAUGCUUUGUCACCAAAAAAGAAAACAAAACUUUUUUUUUCAUUGAAACACUACAUGUCCUACUUGAACUCCAGUGGGGACGCUGGUUUGGGAUUUUACUGAACCACUGAGCACACGGGGUCUUUGAAGACCCUCUCCCUUGGAAGGGCAGUGUGUGAGCUAAGGACUGUUUUUUUCUUACUCUCCAAUGUAAAUAUAUUAGUAUUUGAGUUUUUAAAUCACUUCAACAUUAUUCGAGUAUUCACUUUGUAUUUUUACAAACACAUACACACGCAGCCGUAGCACUUAGAAGAAAAGAGACGUCCUGGCCGCUCCCUCCCGUGAAGGCUGUUUGGGAGCCUCUUUUCUAUGUAUGUGUGUGUGUGUAUAUAUAUAUAUAUAUAUAUAUAUAAAACUAUGAAUCACUCACACUCACUCGGAAACUAUGCAGGGCUAGGGAGCCUUUACAAGCUACCAUUUAAAUGAAUUACAUGCACUUUUAAGUAAAUAGGUUUCUAUUGGGUGUUAACAACUCUGAUUUCUCCUGAAACUGUAGUUUCUCUUACAGUCUUUUCCCACUUUACCCUGUGGAUAUACACUCAGGAAUAAUCUGACAUUUAAAAAAACCCUAACAGUAGAUAGUCUCAAAAUGGGAACCACGUCAGUGUCUCUGUGCACACCGGCAGACCGCUACCACUCGUUCGCUGCCUGACUAGUUAGCUGCUGCUGGUGCACUCGUGUUGGUGACGUCGCAUCCUGGCUCCAGGGCCCCCAGAGUUCACGCUCGUCUACUGUAAGGUCCGCUACGCAGCGCCUUUGAGGCUCCUUUUUUUAAAGAUAGAAAAACAUAGGACUCUCUUCUCAUUUUUAGGAGGUUUGACUCUUUAUAAUAGAUGAUGGUGUCUUUUGAAGCCAAUCUCAGUCUGUCUCUCUUCAGAAACAAAAAAUUGUUAAUUCCACCAUAUUGUCUAAUGUGUGUUUAUAUACGUUAUUGACAUGAAUUAUUUUGAUACUGUUUUAAAUUUCUAUUCUGGGCUGGUACUGCAAAUAAGAAUGAGUAGAGCUAAUUUGGGUGGAGAAAAAAACUUUCUCAUCUCUGACCUGUUUUUCUUUUUUUAAAACAUUAGACGAGCUAUUGUUGCCACACAUUGAUUUUUCUGAAAAUUUAUUAAAUAUUCUUUCAUAUUCCCAAAAUAUAAUUCUAAAAAUAAGUGGCCACGGUUCAUAGUUUUGUUUAAUUUGUGAACUUUGCUUGUAACCAUUUAGCAGCUUACCUGGCUAAACUGUGUGUGUAGAGAGAAACUUGCUUUAGUCUGUGGGAUCGUGGGCUGAUGUGACGUGCAGAAGGUCCACGGAUGAGGUUUGUGUGUGUUAGGGUGGGUGUCGGUGGGCUUUCAAUGUAGCUUGUGAAGUAUGGUUGAUAGGGUAGAUUGAAUGGCUAUGUGCCUCUGGCUUUUGAACCCAUCUAUUCAAUCUUUUUUAAUGCUUACUAAGCAUUAAAAUCUUGUAAUGCUGUACUAAGGUAAAUGUGAAGUCUGAGUAAGAUUGCUCUCAGAAAAAAACAUGUAUAAUAGAAAUUUAGGCCACAGGACCUGCCAUUUUAUUCAGUGUAGAAAUUUCACGAGAACCAAAUCUCAAAAUACCAGAUCUCCUCUUGAGGCCACGGACAAUCAGGCCGUCAGACAAUCGCCACCUUUGGUGCCCGCCGUGUUGAGGUUAGAGAACUACCAUUUAGAUCCUGGAGCGAUCCACGUGUAUCCAAGAUGCUGUUGAUCUUUUUCUCAUAUUUUUGUUUUAGGUUUGUGAUUUUGAUGAAUAAUUUAAGUUCUGACUUCUAAGGGAAAAAAAAUAGCAUGAAAAGCAAAAAUUAUUCCUGAAAAGUAGUUGUUUGAAUUUUCCAUGUUCCAUACCCUUUCUCCACUCACCCGGUUAGCUUUCUCUAGGCACGUGCCCUGGACCUCAGCUCUCCUGACAUUUCAGUAACCAGUUAGAUUUUAAGGAUUUUGAAUAAGUUCUUUAUAUUUGAAUCUUUUUCUGGAACUCUCUAUGAAACCUUACCUAAUUCUUGAUUUUGCUUCCUCAAAAACUUUUUUUGUUAUGAUUGCCGUCUUUUAUUGGGUUUUCUGUUGACUUCUUCAUGUCCUAGCAGUGAGCACUACUUGUCCAUCUGAAUUAAGGCGGUGAUGCCCGGAGUGACAGGGACAGCGCAUGCGGCAGCAGCCGUGCGGCUCCAUGCUGACCCCACGCAUCAGUCUCCAGAGGGGAAGGGCUGACAUUUCCCAUGACUGUUUGGCAAAAUGUGUGUUUUCAUAACGUUUAAUCCACCUUUUAGGGGAGGGUAUGUUUUAUGAAACACUUGUAAGAUACUUGUUUUGCAGUUCUAAGGCAUUUCUGUCUUUAUCUUGGGACUGAACUCAAAGGGAAAUGUUUGACUUGUUAAUUAUUUGGUUGACUUUCAACUCUGUGCGGACAGUUGCUGCUAGAGCAGCAGUGAUGGGUGCUAUUCCCGGUUCUGCAGUGCUUUACUUCGUCUCCUAAGUAAUUUGCUUUCAAACCUCGUUACAGAUCACCUUACUAGAAGAAUUACUGUCACAUGCUAGAAGAUACUUUACUAUUUUCCAUGAACACUGUUGUACGAACAAUGGUUUAUAAAAUGUUAAGUUGUCUUUUUGUCCUAUAGAUUGCAAUAGCUGUUGUGUAAUUGUAUUGGCAAGUCUUUUUGAUUUUAUUUUUCCUCUAGAAAACCCUCAGACCAUGUGUCAAUCUUCCAUAUUCUGAAUAUUAUAAUGCUGUGGCCGUUUCUCUGGAAAGAUUACUUGCAAGUGUGUGUCUUGAAAAUAACCUCUUGUGUUUGUGUGUUUAUGUGGAUUCUGAGAGGUGGGAUAAGCUCUGGAAGCUUCGUCGGGUACCUGCACGUGACUGUCGCUGGGUUCCGUGGGCAGGUGGUGUGGAACCCUGCUCGUAGGUGGGGCAGCUGAGAGGGAGAGAUUCCUGAGCUCCAUUGCUGUUCGUGCACCACGUCUGUGCUUCAGACGGGUGGUGCCCUCCACACACUGCAUUUCUUGUGGUUGUGCUGUUACUGGUAUAAAGUCAAGUGCCUUCAAUGCUAAAGGCUCAGAAAUUUUUCUUAAACUGAUUUCAUGUCCUAUGCAAGUGUUUUCUACAACCUGCAUAACCAGUACUUUGUAAAACUUGUUUACGCUUCAAUUGUACAUAGUGUUUUUUAAAGAAAUAUAUAGUAUUUUUAUUUAGGUACCUCCAAACUUGAAUUCGUCUGUGUGAAGCAUUGUAAAACGAUACAUUUCUCUUUUGAGUAUCAUUACAGUUGUACAAAGGUUUUCACUGGUUCUAUUUUUCUACUGUUACUGAUGAGCAUGUAACACUGACUAUCCUACACAUAGUUGGCAUUUCGAAUAAAUGGCUUGUCUAGAA